AACAGUCGGGAGGACACAACCGAGACGCGUCCGGAGAUCUCUCACGCUCAGACACACAUACACAGCUUCAUUCGAGAUGUGUGUCUCAAACAGCUGCCACAAUAUAAAUAUCUGCGCCCACAGAACAGAUUUUUGUGUGGACUGUUCUUCAUUUUGAGAGAUGUUUUGCAAUUCCCUGCGCACAGUCGGGGAAAUGUCUCAUUCUUUGAAUACUUGAGGAGUGACGACAACUUUCCUCUUUCCAGACUUAACUACACUAAGGACAAAGCGCAGAGGAAAGGAAAGGGAAGGGGGGCUUAUUUCUUUCUUCUUUCUUCUUCUCCCCCCCCCCCCUUUUUUUUUUUUUUUUUUUUUUUUUCUUUUAACAAUGCGAACUGACAGAUUUUCCAGGCAGGGUUUGCACAUAGAAGCACCACUAAAUCCGGCGGCUCUGAAAAGCGGCAAGCAACAAUGAUAUCUGCGGAGAUGCGUUGUUUACUGAGGUUCCAGCCUGUGGAUGUUGCAGCGCGGUCAGGCUGCACACGGAGCGAUUGGACGGCUGUGAUUGGACCGGACACAGACUGGGGUUGACUGAUGUUUGUUCUAGAGGAAAUGUUGAGUGCAAGAGAUCAAUAUGAGUUACCGGCAAGAAGGGAGAUGCAAGUAUUUUCGAGAGUCCGUAUUACCAUGAGGACGGAUUACAACAUGCAAGCUUAAGAAUGUUCUUUUUCCCCCUCCCUUUGGAUUUAAACAGAAAACAAAAUAUUUACUCUUUCAGAAGACAUUUAUAUGUAAUUAAUGCCACAUGUUAAGUUGCUUAUGCAAACUGUUGCAAUAUUUUUUCAGGUAGAUAUGGAAUGUGUUUGUUCUUGCACUAAAGUUUUAAUCUUUUCUUUAUAUCAUGCAUCAGAUUUUUUGGUUGCAUGAUGAUAUCUGGAGAAAUAUAAAUUUAAUGGACUGUUGCUAGACAAUAUAUUUCACUUGGAUAUUCACUCGUGGGACAUUUUAGCAACUCCUUUAAGGACGAAAACAAUCAGUUUUUUUUAUUUUAAAAGGACUAAAAUGUACUUUUAAACUCUACUCAGCAUGGCUGUUAACUGGGUUGUAUAUUCAGUUAUUUUACUACCACUGUUUUCAGUGGGGACAGCUUUCUCGGGGGUCUUCAACACCACAGACAGAGAGAUAUUUCCCGAUGAUUUGCUGCAGAUCAAGCUCUCUCAAGACAGAGUGACCGAGCAGUGGAAACUCCGCUCUGCCGAUUCUCAUCCCAACCUAUAUUUUAACCAAUUGGAUGUGUUGCAUUUGAGGCAAAGGUCCUCCACCACUCACAGUCACAUAUUUAAAGUGAUCCGCGGGGCAGUGCUCACCAUGUUGUCUAACGUCCCAUUUUACAUGCCCCCUAUGAAACAUGAGGAGUUUACAAGCAAGUGGAAUGAGAUUUAUGGGAACAAUCUGCCUCCCCUGGCUGUCUACUGCCUGCUGUGCCCUGAGGACUCUGCAGCCCUGCAGUUUCUUAUCAAGUUUAUGGAUAGGAUGGCUGAAUACCCAGACUGGAAGGUGACCAGUGCACCAAACGACGAGGUCCCCAUGGCACACUCCCUCACUGGGUUUGCCACAGCUUAUGACUUUAUUUACUCCUUCCUUGAUCAGCGCAGAAGGGAUGUUUAUCUAAAAAAAAUUCGCUCUGAGACUGAAGCUCUGUAUGAACUCUCUAAGUACAGAGGAUGGGGGAAACAGUAUCUCCAAAAUCAUCAAACCACUAAUAUCUUAGCCAUACUGACAGGGGCAAUAGUUGUAGGAUCACACAACGACCCAGAGUCAAUGAUCUGGAAGCAAGUGGCGGUGAACUACAUGGAAAAAACUAUGUUUCUUCUGAAUCAUGUUGUUGAUGGGUCUCUGGAUGAGGGAGUAGCCUACGGAAGCUACACAGCUAAGUCCAUCAUGCAAUAUGUCUUUCUGGCUCAGCGCCAUUUUAGCAUUGACAACAUGCAGAACAACUGGCUGCGGGAACACUUCUGGUUUUAUUAUGCCACUCUGCUGCCGGGCUUUCAGAGAACAGUCGGCAUUGCAGACUCAAACUACAACUGGUUUUAUGGACCGGAGAGCCAGCUUGUUUUCCUUGACACAUUCGUCUUGAAGAACGGAACUGGAAACUGGCUGGCUCAACAGAUUAGAAAACACAGACCAAAGGAUGGUCCCAUGGGGCAGUCAUCUGCCCAGCGUUGGGCUACACUUCACACAGAAUACAUCUGGUACAACUCUCACCUCACACCACAACCUCCCCACGACUUUGACAAAGCCAGGAUGCAUAUUUUCUCAAACUGGGGUGUGGUUACCUAUGGAGCAGGACUUCCCCAUGGCCAGAGUAACACUUUUGUCUCCUUUAAGUCUGGCAGGCUGGGGGGCCGUGCCGUCUAUGACAUUGUUCAUGACAAGCCUUACUCUUGGGUGGAUGGCUGGAACAGCUUUAACCCCGGCCACGAGCACCCAGACCAGAACUCUUUCACUUUUGCUCCUAACGGACAGGUGUUUGUAUCUGAAGCACUUUAUGGUCCAAAGUACAGCUAUCUGAACAAUGUUCUGGUGUUUAGUCCAUCUCCUACCAGCCUGUGUAACAGUCCAUGGGAGGGUCAGUUAGGGGAGUGUGCUAAGUGGCUGCGUUGGACUGAUGAGGGGGUGGGUGAUGCUAGAGGGGAGGUGAUUGUUGCUUCCUCUCAUAGGGACACUUUGUUUGUGAGUGGGGAAGCAGCACUGGCUUAUUCCCCCUCUAUGAGACUAAAAAGUGUUUUCAGAGCCUUGGUUCUGCUCAACUCACAGACGCUGCUAGUGCUCGACCAUGUGGAGAAGUGGGGUGAUUCACCUGUUAAAUCUCUCAGUGCUUUUUUCCACAAUCUUGACAUUGACUUCAAAUAUGUCCCUUUCAGAUUCAUGGACAAAUAUAACGGCGCAAUGAUGGAUGUAUGGGAUGCUCAUUAUAAAAUGUUCUGGUUUGACAGCCAGGGUCACAGCCCUGAAACCAGGAUACAGGAGGCCGAGCAGGCAGCAGAGUUUAAAAAGAGGUGGACACAGUAUGUCAAUGUCACUUUUCAAAUGACAGGCGCAGUCACCAGAGUGGCUUACGUGUUACAUGGGCCAUAUGUCAAAGUGUCCAAUUGCAGAUUCAUAGAUAAUAGCAAAAACGGAGUGAGGCUUUCUUUAACUAUAAAUAACACAGAGAAGAUUGUCUCUAUAGCUACUAACUAUAAAGACAUUGGAGCAAGGCUGGCUUAUUUAGGAUUUGGUGGUCACUCUAAAGUUGAAGAUAGAUAUCAAAUCACUAGAUAUGGCCUUGGGACGCAGCUCAUCCCUAAACACAUCAGUAGUGAUAAUCAGCUGUUUGACAUUGGAUUCACGGUUAAUGUUAUUGCAGGGGUUGUUCUCUGUGUAGCUAUAGGAUUUUUGACCAUGCAUAGAAAGUUUUAUGUUUGCUUCAGCAGGCUGAUGCGUUAUGCCCUCCUCUCUGUGCUCAUUCUGUGGGUAGCCGAGCUGCUGUUUUUGUCUAAUAGCUGCGAUCAGCUUCUCUGUGGGGUAAAAUGGAAAGGUGCAGGUGCCAAAAGUGAAAUAAACAAACAAAUCAGGCUGUAUGAGCAGCGCCGGCUACCCCUCCCCACUGUUGUCAUAACAACCCUCCCCGGAUCAGGGUCGGAAAUACUCAAGCACCUUUUCUACAACAGCUCGGACUUUGUUUACAUAAGGGUCCCCACUGAGCACGUGGACAUUCCUGAGACUGAGUUUGAGUUUGACUCACUGGUGGAUGCCUGCGAAUGGUCAAGGACAGAUGCAGUACAUGGGCGGUUUAAGAUCAUUCAGGGCUGGCUGCAUUCGCUGGUGUACAACACCAAGUUGCACUUGCAAAAUAUUCAGCUUGUAGAGGGCAGCAGGGUCAAACAGCCCCAGAGAGCUGGACCUUCAAAGGACAGAAAGAAAAGGUCUAGGCGGAGAGAGCCAGCAUCUGAGCUGAAGGGUAAACUGAGGGCCAGUCUGGACAGAGAUGCAGAGUAUGUCCGGGAAAUGAGACGCCAUGUUACAGAGUACCCAAAUGCACGGGUGGUCCUCAACAUGCGGAGUGGAAGUUGGACACUUAAACUUCCUUUCAUUCAGGAAGUGGUGGGACCUUCACUGAGGACAAUCUAUUUGGUAAGAGACCCCCGAGCAUGGAUUUAUCUCAUGGUUUAUAACAGCAAACCCAGCCUUUACUCCCUCAAAAACAUCCCACAACACCUUUCCUUGAUAUUCAAGGAGGAAUCUGUUCAGGAUGGGUGUCCAGCUGUCGCCCCUGAGUUUAAAAUAAUCCAAAAGCUGCUGUCUCAUUCAGAGACAAACCCUGUUUUGAUCCUGUCUCAUCUCUGGCUGGCUCAUACCGCAGCAGCGCUGAGGGUCAGCAAGAGCCUCCCGGUAGAGUCCUACCUACAAGUGAGGUUUGAGGACGUGGUCAACUUCCCCCAGGAGACAGCAGAGACGAUACACACAUUCCUGGGGGUGCCAGUGUCCCCCGAAGCCCUCAAUCAACUUAUAUUCACCACCUCCACAAACCUGUACAAUCUCAUGUAUGAGGGGGAUAUUUCACCAGCUAAUAUCAACAUAUGGAGGCAAAAAAUGCCUCGAAAGGACAUCAGACUGAUCGAUGAUGUGUGUGGAGGUUUGAUGCAGAGGCUGGGUUAUGCCAGGUUUGCCAGUUAACUGCUGCUGGUCAGCUAAUAUCAAGCUGUCAUGUUUACUGUAUCUGCCAGACAGUUUUUGUCCUCUUUUGCACUGAUGUUAAAUUUUAAAAAGAAAAUAGUCUCUUUGUCUGUGUUGAAAUGUUUUCUCUCAUGAGGGGGUGUGUAUCAGGAUGUGUAGGGGUGUGUAUCAGGACGUGUACUGACUACAGAUGUCUGUGAGGGAAAAAUAUUUUCUAUUAAAAUAGGUGGAAGGGAGUUCAUGUUGUUCUUUCCCCUGCUGCCCUUCACGCUUCCUUGUAGCACUCCUUUAUUGAAUGAGUCUUUAAACCUCUGCUGUCUAACAUGGAGAGGAGUGUCACAGAAUUUCUGCAUAAAUGUUAUCAACUAUCAAUACAGCAGCUGUUUCCCAGAAGAAAUUAUUUUCUUUCUUAGUAAGAGAUGAAAAUUCAGAGUCUUUUUUUUCAAUGCAAAUAUGUGAUAACAGAUGUUUGUGCAAAAGUCAUAUCUCAAUUUAUUUAAUUUAUUUUUCUUUUCUUUUUACAAACAGGGUUUAUUUAGAGUUUUUGAGAGAUAUGUCAAGAUAUUGUAAAGCUUACUAAGUCCUUUCGUAGUUUUGGGAGACCAGUUUGGCUUAUUGAACCAUAUUUGUGCCAUUCCCCUUUAAAACUGUAAGAAAUGCUGCAGCCUGAAUGCAAAGCAGGAAGCAAGACGACUUGAGUGAUGCAGACAUAUAAAUGACAUAACUGUAUUUUAUUACAUCAGUAGAUGCAGUUCAUUUCAAAGCUCAAAGAUGUCACAACACUUUCACAGGGAGUCGUUUCAUUAUAUGUGGGACUCUUUUGCAUUUUCUAAGACUAACUGAACUAUAUUUGCUCAAUUAGCUAGGAAGGAUGAAACCUAUAAAGAUAUAAUGCCUAGAAGAAAAAGUAUUUAUGGAUUCCAAAGACAUAUAUCCCAAAGGAUCAAGAAUGAAUAUAUUAUUAUAAUAACUCCCUUUAGCAUUUAUUGAAUCAGAGGGAAGUGCUUAAUAGGGAUCAAACUGGAGAAAAAAAAGAGAAAACUGUCAGGCUUGACACAUUUUUACUUAAAGCAAUUUCCAAAGCAUUCCCCUUCAGCUACUCAUAUUAAUAUGCAAAAAUGUCAUAGCCGAGGCUGUGUUUUAUUGGCCUGACAUCUUCACUGGAGAAUCUGUGGAAACGCAAACAAUACAAGUUUCCAUCUCACGAUACGGCCAGUCGGUUAGCCAAUGGUCUCUUAGUAUAGCGAGCAGCACACUAAACAGGCGAUGAAUAACAAGUUUAGAAAAAAAAAAAGUGAGAGACCAUUUCUACUCUGUGAUGUUAAGCUGUGGCUUGAGCAAAAAUGUACACUACUCUGUGAGCUUUGAUCUUGUUUUGGCUUAAACAUUUCUGUACUGUAAACUGAUCAUUUGUAACAUGCAGAUGGUGCACUCAUUUAUAAACUCUUUGUUGCUUUUGUAUAAACAAACAGAAAAAAAAGCUCUUUGGAAAUAUCCAUCUUUUCUCCACUAGAUACGAUCCUGUUUGUUUUCUCUCUCUGUGAACACUGAAACCCUUGACUGGCUGGAAAACCCGUUUGAUGUUUGUGGUCUUUGAAUGUGUAGACUUGGCAGACAUGCUUUCACUUUGGUGUUGCAAUCCUGUUACCAACUCUGUUUUGUAUUUGCUCGUGGGGAUAUGGUUCCUUGCUUCUGUGGCCUUGAAUUACAAUAAUUUCUUUACAACAGUUUUCUGUGGGCUCUGGACCGGGCCGUGGAGAUAAUUUAAAGGAAAAUAAAUAAAUCGCUAAAUAUA